UGGGGGGAAUCCCCGAAUAGUUGUUAGCUUGCGCUGUAUAGAUUUCGAGAGGAGGUUCUUGAUCCUCGACCUCGCCUAUAUAUUCCCCUUUUGUUUUACAAACGGGCCUAGAUUCUCAUCUAGAUUUAUAUCAUAAUCCUAAUUAUGUAUUUUAUCUUAUGUUCACUUCAAGUAUCACGUUGAUCUACGGGGAAGUAACACAAAACUACUGAAAAUUUAUUACUGAUACUUUUCUGAUAACAAGAUGGAGCCGCAUCAGAUAGAAAUGAAUAACUUUCAACCAGGAAUGGCCCCAUGCUAUAGGGCAAAGCACGGUUAUGUGGCAGCCGUUAUCGCGUGCACUUCUAGUACGAUGGCAUUUUUGUUUUCUUUAACUGCUCAGCCAUUUGCUCGAUUUAUGGCCAUACCAUGGAUACUUAUUUUGAUUACUGGCUUGAUCGGCAAGAAAGCCCGGAAUAGGAGAUUAUGCUGGGUACGUUCCUAUAUGGUCAUGGCUAUUAUUAGUACUUUUUGUGCACUUGUGAUGAUGGGAUGGACGGCAGUUUUUAUCGCAGCUUGUUUCACUGACCAAAACGCCACAUAUACGGUUGCAAAGAAGGUUUGCUCUAUCAUAUCCUUAAUAUGCAGUACUGUGACGUUUGUAGCGAGUAUAAAAGCUUCGUGUAUUGCUUGCGAUGGAACAUGUCUGUGUUGUAGAGUCCCGAUGCCACCUUCCCCAGACAGUCAUAACGCGUAUCGUGUACUUGAAAACGAACAAGUUUCAUCAGAACCACAAGUUAACAUUUCACCCGACGUGGAUGGAUAUUACACUGGUUGGCAGAUCGAAAAGGCAGAACCUAGGGUGGGGCAAUUUGACCCAGAAGAAAAUUACGUGAUGCAUACAUCUGUCUACAAGGGACUCGUACUCAUAAUAAACAAUUAUCAUUUCCGUGAGGCAAAAGAUCGCCCUGGAUCCGAAAUGGACUUAAAAAAUGUCCAACAUGUCUUCAAGCAAAUUGGAUAUGAACCAGUCAUCAAGACAAAUCUCUCUGCUGGGGAUAUUAAUCGCUUUCUCGAUGAAGCUGUGCACAGAAUAAACCUCGAAGGCCCUGUCUGUCAUUCUUCUGUGGUUGUUGUCCUCAUGAGCCAUGGUGAGAAACGAGGCAUAUAUGGGACUGAUAUGGAUGUCGUGACAACUCAAGAGAUCAAGUCAAAAUUUUCAGGGAGGCAAUGCCCAGCCCUCCUCGGAAAACCAAAGAUAUUCUUCAUCCAGGCAUGUCGAGGACAAUUGCCAACCAAGAGUGCCCUGGAUACUGACGAUCCUGGAAGAACGUCGACCUCUGAGCAGGGAAAUGUUUCCGAUAUGGAUUCAUGCUCAUCAAGAAUGCCGUCCGGCAAUACAUUGGACAUUGACCAUGUUGACGUCGACGCCGAUGUACCAGAUAACGCUGAUAUAUACGUGGCUUAUGCCACUUCUGAAGGUUACUUUUCGAUUCGCGAUCGAGUUGAAGGGUCGUGGUUCAUCCAGUGCUUGUGCGAGGCGUUGAUUGCUUAUGUCCACAUUGAUGAUCUGGAUACCAUUAUGAACCGGGUUACAAGGCGUGUUACCGGUUUCACGGGAUCUGUAACUGAUGUAAAUGGAAAGAAGAAGAAGAUUCUUCAAACUCCAGAUAUAUCCAAGCAAGGCAUCGGAAAGAAAAUUUAUUUCAUGCCGAAAUAUUCACCCCAAAAUACGCGUGAGACAGGGGACAGCAGCUCGAUUCAGCAGCCGAUUAGCCUGUCACGAGAGCAAGGGGCACCAGAGCAAACUACAUGUACAUCGAAUGGCUAAAAUUGAUAGGCUGUGCCAUGCCCCGUAUGCUGAAUUCUGGGGGUUUAAGUCUGAUUUGAUUUUGUCUAUGGAAACUAUGGAAACCCAAGUGAGG